UCACGCCUGACGUCUGCGCUGUUGUCAGCAGCUUGCAAGUCACCGGGGCGGCUCGCUUUUGGUGCUAGCUUGUUUCUCAUCAUACUGGAAAUACUGUAAUAAAACCAGUAUUAGACACUCGGUGGGAUUCUGUUUGGUUUAUCUGUGUCGCAAUGGCCGACCCGAAGUACGCCAACUUGCCUGGCAUCGCCUCUAAUGAGCCGGAUGUGUAUGAGACCAGCGACCUGCCCGAGGACGACCAGGCGCAGUUUGAGUCGGAAGAGCUGUGCAGUGACAGUGUGGAGCGGAUUGUUGUCAAUCCCAAUGCCGCCUAUGACAAGUUCAAAGAGAAGCGUGUAGGCACAAAGGGGCUUGACUUCUCGGACCGGAUCAGCAAGAGUCGCAGAGUCGGCUAUGAGUCUGGAGAUUACGAGCUUCUGGGUGAUGGGUGUGGAGUUAAGGAGACUCCUCAGCAGAAGUAUCAGCGACUAGUGAAUGAGAUUCAGGAGCUCACAGAGGAAGUGGAACACAUUCAGACCAGUGCUAAAGAGAGCAGUGCAGAGGAGCGCCUUACGCCGGUGGUUCUGGCUCAGCAGGCGGCCCAGCUCAAACAGCAGCUGGUCUCGGCCCAUCUCGAUUCAUUGCUGGGCCCAAACGCCCACAUCAACUUGGCCGACCCAGAUGGAGCCCUUGCCAAGCGGUUGAUGAUUCAGCUGGAGGUGGCACGGGGUGUGCGUAGCGGUGCUGGGGGAGAUGGAAAAUCCGGAGGACCUAAAGGCCCAGAUGGAGUUGUGAUGUAUGAGCUUCACAGCCGGCCUGAACACGAGAAGUUCACAGAGUCUGCUAAGAUAGCAGAGUUGGAGAGAAGAUUGGCAGACCUGGAGACUGCAGUAGGUUCUGGAUUAGAUAAACAGGGUCCUCUCAGUGCAGGACUUCAGGGAGCAAGUGUAAUGGAGACUAUGGAGCUACUGCAGGCUCGGGUCAGUGCUCUGGAUGCUGCCACUCUGGACCAGGUUGAAGCCAGACUGCAGAGUGUUUUGGGCAAGAUGAAUGAAAUCGCAAAACACAAGGCAGCAAUUGAAGAUGCUGAAACACAAAACAAGGUGGCACAGCUGUAUGAUGUGGUGCAGAAGUGGGAUGCCAUGGCAACCUCCCUUCCUCAGGUGGUCCAGAGGCUGAUCGCUGUUAAAGAGCUACAUGAGCAAGCCAUGCAGUUUGGACAGCUGCUGGCCCAUCUGGACACCACACAGCAGAUGAUCAACAAUGCGCUGAAGGACAACAGCACACUGCUCACACAGGUGCAGCAGACCAUGAAAGAGAACUUAGUUUCAGUAGAAGAGAACUUCGCUGCUUUGGACCAGAGGAUGAAGAAAGUCUCAAAAUAAGAUUUUUCCCCCCUCCUUAAAUGAGCAGAGAGGGAGAUUGAGGGAUAUGGAAAAUGAUCAUUUCAUACAUUUUAAAAUCCUCUGCUUUUCUCCUUCCUUUAAACUUAUUCCUUACCGCUGAAUGUUGGAAAUAAAGUUUAAAACAAAGGUGUAGUUAGUUGAAGGUUAUGACCAAAUGCCCUUUUACACUACAACAACCCAGUGACCUUUACACCCAUGUUUCUGUUUGUAGAGACAGUUACAUGUCUCAAUCACUUGCCUAAAUUCCACUCCUAACUCCUAUAAUGGGGUUUAAAAAUAAUAAAUUACAAAUUUAUGAUUUUCCUGCCAUUUUAACUCUGCCAGAAAGAAUGAACUUGGUAUUAGUGUGGUAAUUUAGCCCUCGGCUUGGAAGCAUCUACAUGUUAAAAUAUUAGUUCACCUUUCUGUGAACAGCAUCCAUGAACCAAAUGUCUACACGAGAGCCACUGCCUCUGGCCACUGUUUGUAGGAGGACGUAUGCUCAUUAAGUCAGAAAUCAUACUGUAUUUAUACCUCUCAGAGUACCUUUAAAAUCACUUACAGUCGCUCGUAACUUAUUGUAUUAUGACCAAGAUGGAUUGGCACAAGUUACUCUGCUUUUGUCAAAUGCAUAAACUCUUGAAAAAUAUUGUUAAAACUUUCUCCAGACAUAAGAAUAAAUUGAACAUGCUUUGAGA